AUGGACAGGCAGAAUCAGCCCACACCUAGCGUUUUUGACAAGAUUGGAACAUCAUACCAACAGAGCCCAGUUCCUGCUCCAUCCAAGGAUAGAACCAGACAGAAGGACUAUCUAAGGCCUGCUCAGUGCUCGGAAAUGGUAGAGCAGCCAAAGAAAGAAAUACCAAUUAAUAUGCCCAUAAAUGAAAAGACCUUGGCAACUAUCAUAGAAGGCAGGUGGUAUUCUGUUGGAAAAGUGGUACUUCCAAAGACAAGUUCUGCCAGAACAGGGAAGAAUCCAGAAGUAGCUCCUCAAGCAGAACAAACACUACGUCAACCACAAGAGCUAAUGAAGACGGAUUCUCUAGUCAGACCUUCCAUCCAUCCUCCCUUACCCUCAGUCAAUCAGCUUAAACCUCCACAAGUACAAGUUGAAUCCAAACCUAUUCUAGUAGAGGGACAAGAAGACUGGACUGAAGAAUACGAGGAGGAGCAGUUGGACUAUGAACCAUCUGCAGAUGACCAGAUUGGACUCCUCGAAACAGGAGAACAAGAAGAUUGUUCAUAA